CCAUUCCGUUCUGUGUCGCGCCACUCUGCCUCUCAUCUCGCCGCGGUGAACGUGAGGGAAGGAGGGAGGAAGGGGUCGUGCGGGCGCGGUGCACGCCGGGAGAGGGAGUGCUCUGCGGCCAGGAGGAGGCAAGAUGGAUGCGGGCUUUUUCCGCGGAACGAGUGCGGAGCAGGACAAUCGCUUCAGCAACAAACAGAAGAAGCUGUUGAAGCAGCUGAAAUUUGCAGAAUGUCUAGAAAAGAAAGUGGACAUGAGCAAAGUAAACCUGGAAGUAAUCAAGCCAUGGAUAACAAAACGAGUAACAGAAAUCCUUGGAUUUGAAGAUGAUGUAGUAAUUGAAUUUAUAUUCAACCAGUUGGAAGUGAAGAAUCCAGAUUCCAAAAUGAUGCAAAUCAACCUAACUGGAUUUUUGAAUGGGAAAAAUGCUAGAGAGUUCAUGGGUGAACUGUGGCCACUGCUGUUAAGUGCACAAGAAAACAUUGCUGGUAUUCCCUCUGCUUUCCUGGAGCUCAAGAAAGAAGAAAUAAAACAAAGACAGAUUGAGCAAGAAAAGUUGGCUUCUAUGAAGAAACAAGAUGAAGACAAGGACAAGAGGGACAAAGAGGACAAAGACAGCAGAGAAAAAAGGGACAGAUCUAGAAGUCCAAGAAGAAAUUGUCUCUUUCCUAGACGCAAGUCAAGGUCUCCUUCCCCUAGAAGGAGAUCAUCUCCUGUCAGAAGAGAGAGAAAGCGUAGCCACUCUCGAUCUCCUCAUCACAGAACCAAGAGCCGUAGUGUUACUCCUGCACCAGAAAAGAAAGAGGAGACUCCAGAGCCAGAGCCUUCAGUGCAAGCAAAGGAAACAUUGAUUCAAGAGGCAACAUCAACUAGUGAUAUCCUGAAAGUUCCCAAACCUGAACCUGUACCAGAUACUAAAGAAAUUUCUCCAGAACGAAAUUCAAAGAAAGAGAGAGAGAAAGAAAAAGAGAAGACUCGUCAAAGAUCACAAUCCCGUUCCAAAUCAAGGUCAAGGUCUCGCUCACAUUCCCCUUCUCAUUCUAGACCAAGAAGACGUCAUAGAUCACGGUCAAGGUCUUACUCCCCUAGAAGGCGACCAAGCCCAAGACGACGACCAUCUCCUAGAAGGAGGAGUCCUUCAAGGCGCAUGCCUCCCCCACCCAGACACAGAAGAAGUAGAUCCCCUGUGAGGCGGAGAAGACGGUCAUCAGCAUCUUUAUCUGGAAGUAGCUCUUCCUCCUCCUCUUCACGCUCUCGAUCACCGCCAAAAAAACCACCUAAAAGAAUUGUAUCCAGUCCUCCUCGCAAAACAAGGAAACUGUCUCCUUCUGCAAGCCCUCCUAGACGGAGGCACAGGCCUUCCCCACCAGCAAGUCCACCUCCAAAGCCACGCAGAUCUCCAACUCCUCAGCAGUCAAAUCGUGGAAGAAAAGUCCGUGGCUCUAUUUCUCCAGGCAGAGCCUCAGCACCUAAACAUAAGAGUAUUGAGAAAAGAGAGUCUCCCUCACCAGCGCCAAAACCUAGAAAAGUAGAAUUGUCUGAAUCAGAAGAAGACAAAGGUGGCAAAAUGGCUGCAGCAGAUUCUGUGCAACAGAGACGUCAGUACAGAAGGCAAAACCAGCAGUCUUCAUCUGACUCUGGUUCAUCCUCUUCCUCUGAAGAGGAACGACCAAAAAGAUCAAAUGUGAAGAAUGGUGAAGUGGGUAGGCGCAGACGACACUCGCAUAGUCCAUCACCUUCUCCACGGAAACGACAAAAGGACUCUUCCCCUCGGAUGCAGAUUGGAAAGAGGUGGCAAUCACCAAUGAUUAAAAGUAGGAGGAGGAGGAGUCCAUCACCACCACCUGCCAGAAGACGGCGCUCUCCUUCUCCUGCACCUCCUCCAAGGCGGCGCAGAUCACCUUCAUUGCCUCGCCGAAGGUCUCCAUCACCGCCUCCACGCAGGCGCUCACCUACUCCCAGACGAUAUUCUCCUCCGAUACAGAGACGAUACUCUCCUUCACCACCUCCUAAGCGAAGAACAGCAACUCCCCCCCCUCCUCCUCCAAAACGAAGGGCAUCACCUUCUCCACAACCCAAGCGCAGAGUCUCACAUUCUCCCCCACCAAAACAAAGAAGUUCUCCUGUGGCAAAGAGGCGUUCCCCAUCGCUAUCUUCCAAGCAUAGGAAAGGUUCUCCUUCCAGCAGGUCUAAUCGUGAAACCCGAUCCCCACUACAAAACAAACGGCAUUCACCAUCUCCACGGCCUAGAGCUUCACAUACCUCUGCAAGUCCACCGCCUCUGCGAAGGGGAACUUCAUCUUCACCCAAGCGGAGACAGUCUCCAUCUCCAAGCAGUAGACCCAUCAGGAGAGUGUCAAGGACCCCGGAACCCAAAAAGACAAAGGCUUCCACACCAAGUCCACAGUCUGUGAGAAGGGUGUCUUCAUCCAGGUCUGCAUCAGGAUCGCCUGAGCCGGCACCUAAGAAACACCAAGCCCCUCCAUCCCCUACUCGGUCUCAAUCCCCCUCCACUAACUGGUCGCCACCACAUGUGAAAAAGGCUCAAAGUCCUACGCAGAGUCCAUCCCCUGCAAGGAAUUCUGACCAGGAAGGUGGCGGGAAGAAAAAGAAGAAGAAGAAGGAUAAGAAGCAUAAAAAGGACAAAAAGCACAAGAAACACAAAAAACAUAAGAAAGAGAAGGCUGCAGCUGCUGCAGCAGCUGCUGCUGUUACUUCAGCUGCCACUUCAUCAGCCCAGGAAGACCCAGAAGCAGAGACAGAGCUCAAAAAGGUCCUAGAUGGCUGCCCGCAAAGUGGGUUUGACCAUGGCUCGUCCGCAGUAACCCAGAGCAACCACCGAGUGACUCGGAGGACGCAAACGAGGACGAAAACAUUCCAGAUCUUCGUCUUCCCUUUGUCUGAGAUCAAGAUGUUUUGGACAAUUGGGCUAUUAUGUUUAACCUUAAUACCUGCUGCAGGCGUGCCAGAUUUAGAACAGCGCUUGCGCUAUAAUAUUUGGGUGCGACUGGCUAAUGUGCUUAAUCAAUCUGAAUUCUGUUUGACUGUUGCACCCGAUAUGCAUGGUUUGUUGGGAACAUGCCUUGUACCUGUUUGCAAAGCACCUGGGGAAAUACCUAUAGCAAACACCUCCGGCCUGUGUAACCUGAUCGAUUGCCAUGUGCCUGGUAAAGCGUUCAAUAAAUCAAUGAUACAAUAUACCUCGCUAUUAGAUUGGGGUACCCCCAGUUAUUCUCUCCGCCCGGAUGCUGUGCAACUUUAUACCCCUUUUGUUGCCAGUCAUGCCAAUAAUACUUGCGCACGCAUAGUAAAUUGCUCCAAUCACCGCCCAACGAAGGGCUGUUUAUCUACUGGGCCAGCGCGAUGGAACUGUACAACCCUUUUAAAUGUUACCAGUAAUUAUGGUCAUAUUCCCCUGCCUAGUGGGUGGUUUUUUACCUGUGGGAGUCGUACGUUUAAUUACAUUCCUGCCAAUUUAUCUACCACUCAGUGCUGCCUUAGUCGCCUGGUCCCUAUAAUGCCCUCAAAAACUUUACUUGAUCGAACCACUCAUUCACGAACUAGACGGCGUGCAUCCCCUUUAACCCCUGCAUGUAAUGGAAAUGUAACCUUGCUUAGCCAGGCUGAAUAUAUUUCUUUAGCCGCUUCAUUGGUGGGUCUUCCGGGUUUGGCAGUAGGAUAUGGAAAUAAUCUGGCCGAACUCGCCUGCCUGUUGGCAAAAACUAUUAACACCACAUCUAGUGCUAUAGGGUUAUUGAACCAGGAACAGCAGGAAUUAAGGCACGCUGUCCUGGAUAACAGAGCCGCUAUUGAUUUUCUGCUGUUGCAAGAACAUUUAGGGUGUGAAGCUGUAAAGGAAAUGUGCUGCUUUAAUUUGACUGAUAAUAGUAAUCGUAUUCAACAGCAAAUUGCUAUGCUAAAGACUUAUGCGCAAAGCAUAACGCAAAAUGAUGGCCCCCUGUGGGAUUGGCUUGCAAGCGUUGGUUGGCCCAGUUGGCUUGUGUCAUUAGCUCACACACUUGUUAUUGUUUUGCUGGGUGUGUUAUUAAUUCUUUUUAUUCCUUGUAUAAUUCAGUGUAUUCAACGCAGCUUGCAGCGCCUUGUGGAUUCUGCAUUUAAUAAAAAGGGGGGAAUUGUGGGGAAUUAUCGUGUAUUCUAGGCCGAGAAUUGUGAAGUCAGUCUGGAAAAAUACUGGGACCCUUGCUAUAGUCAUGUGACUGACUGAAUUCUAGUUACCCUUGCAUAGUACAGUAAACAGGGCCUUUUAUGGUGCCCACAUGUCUGUUGCUUUGUGCAUGCUGUGCGCGUGAUAAUUUGCUUUGGUCCAAUUAUAUGGCUAGUAUGUAUGAUGUUAGCAUACAUGAUUAAUGCUUAUGUAACCAGAUUUGACUAUAUAAGGGAGUAGUAGAAAAAAUAAAGAAGGAAGAUUUUUUACUUGCUUGCA